AUGGACGCAAAUGGCACGAAAGUGAAGAGAGUGAACAGAGCAAACGAAGUGAGCAAAGAGAAUUUUGUUCACGCUGCAAGUGGCACCGAAAGUAGUAUUUUAGCUAAAGAAUUACGACAUAACAAAAAAAGAAAGUACGAAGAAUUGAGCCUUGCUGUUUCCAAAAAAAUGAACAGAACAAAGAGACAGAAGAUAGAUAAUUAUGUAGAAGACGUAGUAUUUUCUUAUUCUUUGGAUGACUUUCAGAGUCAUUUUAGACUUUCAAGAAGUUCUACAGAACCUUGUAUUUCCACAAACAAAGAAGUGUUGUUAAGUAUAUGGACACUUGCUAAUCAAGAGUCUUUCAGAGGCAUUUCUGAUAGAUUUGGUUUAAGUAAAGGUCAUGCUUACAGGAAUUUUAUGAAUUUCUGUAAUAAAAUGUGUUCCAUGUUAAGUAAUUUUAUUAAGUGGCCAUCAAACAAUUUGGACAACACCAUACACAAGUUUGAGCAAUUACGGAAGAUUCCAUUGCCAGGUAUAAUUGGAUGUGUUGAUGGAACACAUAUAUUUAUAAAGGCAUCUAAAAAAGAUAGCCAAAGUUAUUUUAACAGAAAAGGAAGACAUUCCAUUUUGUUACAAAUAAUUUGUGAUGCAGAAAUGCAGAUAAUUGAUGCUUUUGUUGGAUGGCCUGGAAGUUCCAAUGACUCUCAGGUGUGGAAACAAAGUCCAAUAUACAAAUUAUUACUGCAGGAACCAUCAAAAUAUUUAGGAAACGAUUAUUAUUUAUUAGGUGAUUCUGCAUAUCCUUUAGAUACUUUUUUAUUGGUACCAUUUAAGGAUUUUGGUAGUCUCACUAUAAAACAAAAAACUUAUAAUAAAAGACACAGUUCUGUCAGAGUAGUAGUGGAACAAACGAUAGGACUUUUGAAAGGACGUUUCCGCAGACUUAAAUAUUUAGACAUGGAAAAUAUUGCAGCCAUGUCUAAAGUGGUUAUGACUGCAUGCAUUUUGCAUAAUUUAUGCAUUAAGAAAGGAGAAAAGGAUAUUCCAGAAGAUAUCUUACUUGAUAACUGUAAUGAUGAUAAUGGUGAUAAUUUUCCUGAAAACACACAAAAUCGUGCAGCUGCCAUAGAAAAACGAAACAGAAUAGCAGAUUUCUUGAUGGAGAAGUAA